AUGAACUUUCUCCAUCCGCCAGCGCCGCCAUCCUCAGCAGCCCCGACGGCACCAUCAACCUCUCACUCGCCUUCGCCAUCAACAUCCCCGUCGCAUCCCCGAGAGCCCCCGACACAGCAGCCCCCGGCUCCCCCGCAGCGCCCUCAGCCUCAACCUCACUACCAAUCCGGCGACAACCCACCAAGGCCAGAGAGACAGCAGCAGCAGCAGCAGCAGCAUUUCGUCAUCUACAACGUCAACCAGGACGCCGCCCAGUUUGAGGCCUCACAACGCGCUGCUGCCGAGGCCACCGCGCGCGCCGUACAGGCCCAGCACCAGCACAUCCAGCUGCAGAAUCUCCUCGCCUACGCCAACGGCCAUCCCGCCGCCAUGAACGGCAUGAACGGCGCUGGCCCGGCUAUGCAGGGCCCUGGUGUCAAUGCCGGCGCCGCCAUGGCUGUCGGUCCCACGCCUGCCGGCCACCAGGCCGAGCUCAACAUCAUCUACGGCUUGGUCGAGGAGCUGUCGAGACAGCUGGCCGAGAACAGGCGGCAGACCGAAGACAUUGUCAGUGGCAUUGGCAGGGUACGGAAUCGUGCGCACGAGCGAGGGUUGGGCAAUGAUGAGGUGCUGGGGGAGAUCGCAGACGACAUCUAUGCCCAAGAACCCAACCUGGAGGCUCUGCUUUCUGUCCUCACCGAAUCCCUCGACCGGGCCAAAACCAGCCGUGACGCCAACUUUGCCCUGCUGACGUCGUACGCCCGCAUCCUCUCGGGCCUCCUCAGCCAGUUCCACAAUUACAAACAAAAGCACAUAGCCGACGUCAGUGCCUGGCACCGGUCCUACCGCUCCCAGCUGGCAGAGACACGCGCCGAGAACUCCCGUCUGCGCGAGCAGAUCUGGGAGAUGCAGGAGCACGCCGGCCGCGCCAACAAGCUGCUCCGCGAGUUCCGCAAGCGCUACGACGAGGACGAGGCUCGCAACGACCGCCGCAUUGAUGAGAAGGCCAAGAAGCAGGAGAUCAGGUUCUGGCGGCGCAUGGCUAUGCCUGAUGUGCCAGAUGACGAUGCCGCCCUCUGGAGUGACGAUGACGAUCUGGUCGACCCCGUCGAGAAGGAGAGGCUAAAGGAGGUCGAAAGGAAGGUCGCCGAGCAACAACUGGCCGGCAUGGGCAGUGGCGACAGCCAGCAGGGCGAGGACAGCGAGGGGGAAGACGGGCCCGGGCAAGGACACCAUGGCAUGGGAUUCAUCGGUGGUGUGGCUAUGGAGAGGGAAGGCAGCCAGCCCACUCCGCCGCCCAGGCCUGCGAGUACGGGUAGUACAGGUGGUCAAGCUGGCUGA